AUGGUUUUUGCCGGAAUUACCGCUGACGGCAAAACUCCGCUGAUUUUUGUGGGUUCUGGAGUCGAAGUGAACCAAGUAUACUACAGGGAGUAGAUUUUAAAGUUGAGGGUGUUGCCCUGAGCCAACUCUCACUACGGAAACCGACCAUGGACCUUCCAGCAAGACGGCGCCCCGCUCAUCGUGCCAAAGGGACUCAAGAGUGGUAUCGCGCCAAUUUUCCGAGUUCAUCUCGGCUGCUGAUUGGCCUGCUUCCUCGCCCGACCUCAACCCGAUGGACUAUGCCGUGUGGAUAUAUCUGACCGAGAAGGUCUCUUCUAAGAACUACCCAAGUAUCAAAGCUCUGAAGACCGCACUCAUCAAGAAAUGGGACGAAAUCGACGACGACUACCUUCGUGCCGUGAUCGAUGCGUAUCCGAAGAGACUGAAGGCCGUUAUCAAAGCUAAAGGAGGACGUUUUGAAAACUAUUCUCGAAUUUUGUUUCUAUAUUGUAUGAAUAAAAUUUGUUCCAAGUUUGGUGGUGUUUGGUUGACUUUUGAGAAAGUUAUAACGUUUCAAACGCGUUUGAAUAUUUAUUUGUCACCCUGUAAGAUCUCUACAAAGUUGAACAAGUUGCAAAUCCCUCCCAAUUUUAAAUGGACGACCUCGGAAAACAUCGAUACAUUGCUCUGUAUGUACUCCUGUUCUGCUCUCUUUCUGGAGGACAAUAUUUCUUCAUCGAAGUCAAAAGACGUCAUUGCUCUUUCCUCUGUGCAGUUUAUCACCCAACAAUUGCUGAUAUUAGCCGCUGUCCAUUGCUAGUUUGAUAAACUUCCCUAAAUAACUCAUCGAAAAGAUUCGAACUAUCAGGCUCCACCUCCAGGAGUAUAAAAGCAGUGAGCUGCAAAGAGAGCCUCACUCCACUCAUCAUGAGCCAAUCAGCUUCCUUCAAACUGUUCUCGCCUCGCUCGGAGACGUCUCAGCGCUUCUCCAUCGCCUACUCCAACGUCGCCGAACUUCUGGAGUCGCUCAAACACAAGCUGCGGAGCUUCGGCCUCAAAACCGACAAGCUUUGCUGGAUCGACGAGGAUAACGACCGGGUGCAGCUCAAAACUGCUAACGACCUCCAAGAAGCCAUCAACUUGUCUUCUGGCUCGACCAUCAAAAUCCAUUCCGACUAUUCUGACCUUGCCGACGGGCUUCCUAGUGAAAAAGUGAAAGAACUAUUCAAGCCCUCCUAUGUAACGCCUCAGUUAAUGAUUAAUCUUCCUUCCUCUCCCUUUGGUACUUUUCUGGUGAGAAAUAAUGGUUGUUUCGGCGACCCACGUCCUGCUCCGUAUAGGUAUAGCACUCCCUCUCUGGGACAGCCUCGGCAUUUAUUCGUUCCAACGGUCCAAAACCACGAACGGAAACCAUCCCGGCACUCUUAUUGGAUAUCCGUACACCUAA